UAUGAACUGUUAUGAAAAGUUAAAGUGCUUCAAUUUUGGAAAUUUGAUAGGAGAGUAUGUGUCAAGUUAGCCAAAGUCAAAGCCACACUCACCGGAAGCUUUUAAUUACUGCCGUCAGAAUAAAUUGACGACAUCCCACCAGUUAAUAGAAGGUUAACUAGCGUGCAGUAAAGAAACCAAGAAUGAUCAAGAAUCAUGGCUGGUAUACGUCUUCGUAUUUAACCUUAUAGGUCGAUCUUUCUUGUUUCGUACAAUCCUUGAGUCCGACGCUAACCGGAAGCACUUGGAAUGAAAGUGUUCCCGUGAGGAUUUACAAUCACCUUACCGAGACCGAGCCGAGGCCCACGUGGCGGAGUCCGGCGGCGCCAUGGCCUUGUCGUUUUGCGGCAACGAUGAAAACGCCAGCAGCUACAGCGUGGACGACGGCAUGCUGAACAACGGCUGCUUCGUGGACGCGCUCAACCUGGUGCCUCACGUCUUCCUGCUCUUCAUCACCUUCCCCAUCCUCUUCAUCGGAUGGGGCAGUCAAAGCUCCAAGGUCCAAAUCCAUCACAACACAUGGCUCCACUUCCCGGGCCACAACCUGAGGUGGAUCCUCACCUUCUCGCUGCUCUUUGUCCACGUGUGCGAGUUUGCCGAAGGCAUCGUCUCCAACAAGAUGAUGGACACCAACCACCUGCACCUCUUCAUGCCCGCCUUCAUGGGCUUUGUGGCAGCCACGACAUCGGUGGUCUACUACCACAACAUAGAGACCUCCAACUUCCCCAAACUUCUCCUUGUCCUCUUCAUCUACUGGGUGCUGGCUUUCAUCACCAAGUCCAUCAAGCUGUGGAAGUUUGUGGAGUACAAGGUGGGCCUGCAGCAGCUGAGGUUCUGCAUCACGGCCCUGCUCGUGAUCCUGUACGGCCUGCUCAUGGCCGUGGAGGUCAACGUCAUUCGGAUCAGGAAGUACGUCUUCUUUGCCAACCCCCAGAAGGUGAAACCUCCAGAAGACUUGCAAGAUCUAGGAGUUCGUUUCCUGCAGCCCUUUGUCAACCUGCUGUCUAAGGCGACAUACUGGUGGAUGAACCCUCUCAUCAUCGGUGCCCACAAGAGGCCCAUCGAGCUGAAGAAGAUUGGCAAGCUGCCCAUCGCCAUGAGAGCGCUCACCAACUACCUCCGCCUCAAAGACGCCUAUGAGGACCAGAAGACGGCCGAGAACCCCGACCGAGCCCCUUCCAUCUGGCGCUCCAUGUACCGAGCGUUUGGCCGGCCCAUCUUGCUCAGCAGCACCUUCCGCUACCUGGCGGACCUGCUGGGCUUCGCCGGGCCGCUCUGCAUCUCAGGCAUCGUCAGGAACUUGACUCUGGAAGGAGGUGGCGCCACUCAGGACAAGAUAAGGGAAACCUACUUUGGCGUUCACUUCAUGUUGUCCACGGAGCUGCUGCAGAACACCUCGGUUCUGGCCGUCCUUCUCUUCCUGGCUUUAGUCCUGCAAAGAACCUUCCUGCAGGCCUCCUACUAUGUCACCAUAGAGACGGGCAUCAACCUACGGGGCGCCCUGCUGGCGAUGAUUUACAACAAAAUCCUGCGCCUGUCCACGUCCAACAUGUCCAUGGGUGAAAUGACGCUGGGUCAGAUCAACAACCUAGUCGCCAUAGAGACCAACCAGCUCAUGUGGUUCCUCUUCCUCUGCCCAAACCUGUGGGCCAUGCCUGUGCAGAUCGUGAUGGGAGUUAUUCUUCUCUACUACCUGCUUGGCUGGAGCGCCUUGAUUGGAGCAUCUGUCAUAGUUCUACUGGCUCCUGUCCAGUACCUCAUCGCCACCAAACUGGCCGACACGCAGAAGAGCACACUGGAGCACUCCACAGAUCGCCUGAAGAAGACCACAGAGAUCCUGAAGGGCAUCAAGCUACUGAAGCUGUACGCCUGGGAGAACAUCUUCUGUGGCAGCGUGGAGGAGACACGAGGCAAAGAGCUGACGAGCCUCAAGACGUUUGCCUUCUACACGUCCAUGUCCAUUUUCAUGAAUGCUGCUAUUCCCAUCGCCGCUGUGCUGGUGACCUUUGUCAUGCAUCACAUCAUCACCAAAAGUAGUCCAAGUCCUUCUGAGGCCUUCGCCGCUUUGGCCUUGUUCAACAUCCUGGUCACGCCGCUCUUCCUGCUUUCCACCGUCGUCAGGUUCGCCGUCAAGGCGCUCGUCAGCGUGCAGAAGCUGGGCGAGUUCCUCCAGAGCGACGAGAUUGGAGACGACAGCUGGAGGAACGGGGAUAUGUCCGUUCCCUCGGAGGCUGCCAAGAAGCACCCCGGGGCGACCAAAGCCAUCAACAGGAAGCAGCCCUUGCGCUACCAAAUGGACAACUACGAGCAGCCAUCCAGGCGACAGAUGAGGCCCAGCGAGACGGAGGAUGUGGCCGUAAAGGUGAGCAACGGAUGCUUCACGUGGGGAAGCAACCUGUCCACGCUGUCCGACAUCAAUAUCCGCAUCCCGACAGGUCAGCUGACCAUGAUCGUGGGCCAGGUGGGCUGCGGGAAGUCGUCGCUGCUGCUGGCCAUGCUGGGCGAGAUGCAGACAAUCACUGGGCGUGUCCACUGGAGCAAGCUGCCUGAUUGCGAGACGCUCCUCCACCAGGGGACGUUCAGCUGCUCAGAGGCGGAGGAGGAGGCCCAUGGCCACACCAUGAGCAAGAACAGGUACUCUGUGGCCUACGCGACCCAGAAGUCCUGGUUGCUCAACGCCACCGUGGAGGAAAACAUCACCUUUGGAAGCCCCUUCAACAAGCAGAGGUACAAGGCGGUGAUCGACGCCUGUUCUUUGCAACUGGACAUUGACCUUCUUCCCUUUGGAGACCAGACGGAGAUAGGAGAGCGGGGCAUCAACCUGAGUGGCGGACAGCGUCAGAGGAUCUGCGUGGCCCGAGCGCUCUACCAGAACACCAACAUCGUCUUCUUGGACGACCCCUUCUCCGCUCUGGACAUCCACCUGAGCGACCACCUGAUGCAGGAAGGAAUCCUCAAGUUCCUGCAGGACGAUAAACGAACGGUAGUCCUCGUCACACACAAGCUGCAGUACCUCAUCCACGCCGACUGGAUCAUAGCGAUGAAGGGCGGCUCCGUGCUGAGGGAAGGAACUCUGAAGGACAUCCAGACUCAUGACGUGGAGCUCUACGACCACUGGAAGACGCUCAUGAACCGGCAGGACCAGGAGCUGGAGAAGGACAUCGAGCAGGACAGCCAAACCACGCUGGAGAGGAAGACUCUCCGCAGGGCCUUCUACUCCCGAGAGGCCAAGAACCAAAUGGAUGACGAGGAUGAAGAGGAAGAAGAGGAGGAGGAAGAUGACGACAACUUGUCCAUGACCACAAACAGAAGGUCAAAGGUGCCGUGGAAGGUGUGCUGGUGCUACAUGUCCUCUGGUGGCUUCUUCAUGGUCUUCCUCAUGGUGUCCUCCAAGCUCCUCAAGCACUCGGUCAUCGUUGCCAUCGACUACUGGUUGGCCAUGUGGAGCUCCAAGUCCAAUCAGACCAUUGUGGCGGGACCAAACGGAACGUGCCAGGUCCAAGAGAUCCACAGGAACGCCACUUUCCCGGGAACCUCCGACUAUGAGGUCCAGUAUCACAGCUGUCGUUUUUUGAAAGCUCAGACCAGCACCCCUUUGGACUUUGGACCUCCUGUGUGUGUGCAGGACUCCCUCUACCUGACCGUCUUUAUCAUCCUGUGUGCGGCCGGGAUCACCUUGUGCCUCAUCACCUCCCUCACUGUGGAGUUUUUGGGUCUUUCUGCGGCCACCAACCUUCAUCACAACCUGCUCAACAAGAUCAUCCACGCUCCCCUCAGGUUUUUUGAUGUCACACCUCUGGGGCAGAUCCUCAACAGGUUCUCAGCUGACACCAACAUCAUCGACCAGCACAUCCCCCCUACGCUGGAGUCUUUGACCCGAUCCACCUUGCUGUGUUUGUCUGCCAUCGGGGUCAUCUCCCGCAUCACACCCAGCUUCGUCAUCGCCCUGGUUCCCCUGGCAGUGGCCUUCUACUUCAUACAGAAGUACUUCCGGGUCGCCUCCAAAGACCUGCAGGACCUGGAUGACUCCACCCAGCUUCCUCUGCUGUGCCACUUCUCCGAGACCGCUGAAGGUCUCACCACCAUCAGAGCCUUUAGACACGAGGCUCGUUUCAAACAACGCAUGCUGGAGUUGACCGACACCAACAACACGGCCUACUUGUUCCUCUCUGCUGCCAACCGCUGGCUGGAGGUCCGCACGGACUACCUGGGAGCUGUGAUUGUGCUGGCGGCGGCCGGCACGUCCAUCUGGGGUUUGCAUUGUGGUGAACCGUCUGGAGGUCUGGUGGGCCUCGCUCUCACCUACGCCCUCACCGUCACCAACUACCUGAACUGGGUGGUGAGGAACCUGGCAGACCUGGAGGUCCAGAUGGCGGCGGUGAAAAAGGUCAACAGCUUCCUGAGUACGGAGUCUGAGAACUACGAGGGAUCCAUGGACUCCUCUCAGGUCCCAGAGAACUGGCCCCAAGAUGGAGGGAUCAAGAUCCAGGACCUGUGCGUGCGCUAUGACCCCAUGCUGAAGCCCGUGCUCAAACACGUCAACGCGUACGUCCAGCCGGGCCAGAAGGUGGGAAUCUGCGGCCGCACGGGCAGCGGCAAGUCCUCGCUGUCCCUGGCCUUCUUCAACAUGGUGGACAUUUUUGAAGGAAAGAUCGUCAUUGACGGGAUUGACAUCUGCAAACUCCCUCUGCAGACUCUCAGGUCUCGGCUGUCCAUCAUCCUGCAGGACCCUGUCUUGUUUAGCGGCUCCAUUCGGUUCAAUCUAGAUCCCGAGCGGACGUGCAACGAUGAGCGCCUGUGGGAGGCGCUAGAGAUCGCUCAGCUGAAGAACAUGGUCCAGGCGCUGCCCGGAGGACUUGAUGCGGUGGUGACGGAGGGCGGAGAGAACUUCAGUGUGGGUCAGCGCCAGCUCUUCUGCUUGGCUCGAGCUUUUGUACGCAAGAGCAGCAUCCUCAUCAUGGACGAGGCCACCGCCUCCAUCGACAUGGCAACGGAGAACAUCUUACAAAAAGUCGUGAUGACGGCGUUCGCAGAUCGGACGGUGGUCACCAUCGCUCACCGAGUCCACACCAUCCUCACGGCGGACCUGGUCAUUGUCAUGAAGCGGGGGAACAUUCUGGAGUACGACAAGCCCGAGACUCUUCUGGAGCAGGAGGACGGCAUGUUUGCGUCUUUCGUCAAGGCCGACAUGUAGACGGCAAGAAGGUGGAGGACGAGCCCAGAACCGCCUCCAGUCAGCACCCGACGAUUCUUCAUUAGUUUUAUUCCUAGUUUCACUUUGAUGGGAUCUUUUUUGUUUUGUUUUUUUUUACGUUUGAUUCCGAUUGAGCACUUGUAUGAUGACGCAAUUAAAGCCUUUUAUAAUCUUUCAA